UUCUUCCAAGACAAGAGUUUUACUAUUAUGGCUGCCUCAACCAAUCCUGAAAAGAAUUCAGAGCUUAAGCCGCCUCCUGGGCUAAAGUCCUUGAUUGAUCACUUAAAAUCAGUCUAUCCAGAUCAACCGAAUCCUCUGCAAGUGACGACACUGCUUAAGUAUUGGCUGGGUGGCUCCGAUCCCCUGGACUACAUAAGCAUGUACAGCAACAAAGGGCAGGGCGAAGGCGAUGCAGAGCGAAUACCACCGCAUUGGCAUUAUGUUAGCUUCGGACUCAGCGAUCUGCAUGGCGAUCAGCGCGUUCACCUGAAAGAAGAGCACACCACUCGUUCAGGCAUGGGCUUCGAGCUAACAUUUCGGCUGGCUAAGACAGAGGCUGAGCUGCACAAGGAACGGGAAUGUCCGGAUAAGCCACUCAGACCGCCCACCUGGCCUGCAAAUCUGCUGCAAUCAAUUGCGCGUUAUUGCUUUCAAACUGGCAAUGGUCUUUGCUUUGGCGACAAUAUUCCUUGGCGCAAGGGAUUGGAUGGCAGCGCCGAUUCACGAAUGCAAAGCUUACUGGUAGCACAGGAUCCGCAAUUAGGUUCGAUUGACACGCCUUUUGGCACAGUUGACUUUUGCCAAAUAGUUGGCGUUACUGAGGAGGAACUGGAGCAGGCCUCACGCUGGAACGGUCGUGGCGUCUUGAAUUUCUUAGCUAAGGAUGUGCAAACAGGCGGCGAGUGGCUGGUUACCAACAUGCAGCGCACCAUGAGCGUGUUCGAAUUGUUCCCAGAAACUUUGCUUAACCUUCAGGACGACCUGGAGAAACAAGGCUCUGAUUUGGCCGGCGUUAAUGCUGAGUUUACAUUCCGUGAACUGAAGCCAACCAAAACAAUUAAGGAGGAAGUAGACUUUCAAUCUCUGAACGAGAAAUGCGCCAGCGAAGAGAACAAUCGACCCUUGACAGAGUCACAAUUGAAGCGCGAGGAGCCGAGUUUCCCCCAGUCCAUGUCGAUGAGCAGCAACUCGUUGCACAAAUCAUGUCCACUGGACAAUCAGCCACAGGCGCCCGACUGCAUAUCGCUAGAUGGCAUUGAAAUAACACUAGCGCCCUAUGCGGCCAAGUACUUGCUGCUGGCCAUAAAGGAUCGCAUACGACACGGUCGGCAUUUCACGUUCAAGGCGCAACAUCUGGCUUUGACUCUGGUCGCCGAAACAGUUACAGGCGCUGCUGUUAGUGUGAGCGAACCCUAUGGCGUGCUUGGCUAUUGGAUACAGGUGCUGAUACCAAAUGAUCUAGUGCCGCGCAUGAUGGAGGCAUUUCGCAAUUCACAGCUCGAUGGCAAGACGGAGCCAACGCAGCGUCUGGAAUUCGAUUGGCCCGAUAAACACUUUAAGCUAAUUGUAGAUCAGCCGCCCUGCUCUCUGGUCCCCACGGCCAUGUCCAUUGAGGCGGCGCCUGUGAAUUGAAGAGCGACUCUCAAGCCUUAUUCUUAGUAUUAUAAAUUUAACUAAACUGAAUCUUCCACUAACACGUAAGUCUUAAAUUUUACUAUUAUAUCGAAUAUAUUAUAUAGUAUAUAGUACA